AAUGGGUUAUGGAGUUUUUUGAUACGCGCGACAAGGAUGAUCAACCGAUGAAAAGGGAUUUCCAAUGUGUAAAAUGUCGUUCACAAUUGCUCGCGCGACAGCGCAUGAUUGGCUAUUUCUGUUCGCGCCUUACCAUUCAACGAGUCUGAACGGGCACGCAAUAAUCGGAGUAUCGUGCCAAAUUAUGCUGACGAUGAUAAUUGUUAAUAGAAAAUCCACCUAUAUAUUCAUCGAUUGGCACAGUUUUGUUGCAAACGACAUUUCCCUGUAUCGGAGCGUGAUUGUUCCUCCUUGGAUUAAAUAAUCGUCGACAGAUGUACAUCUCGUGAUACGCAUUCCUUGUUGUUUCAAAUACCCUUGCGUGAUUUUCUUCCAAUUCAGGUAUAUAUAAUAGAAAAAAAAGAAAAUAAUUAAAGAAAAAGCAUGUUACGUAAUGUACAAUGAAACGAUAUAGGUGAAAUAACAUUUUUGGAAAAUAUUUUGAGCAAAUCUCCGUAUUAAUUUCGAGUGCAAUUUAACAGACAGAAACUUUACUAAACACGUCGGGACAAAUUUCAAAUAACUGAAAUCAGUGACAUCCGUCUCUUUCUACCAUACUUAGCAGUUGGACCAAUAUCUGCGAAACUGUGAUGAAGUCGCAAACAUGUUUAAAUUAAGCAUAACAAUGAUAUUUGUGAAAGUAUCGCACGAACGUAACAGAUCGCGUAUUGUUUAAACGAAGAUAAAUGUAAAUACGGUGUUUACCUCGAUUCUGAAGGUGUACCACUUGCUUCGUAAUAUAAAGGACGAACUAACUGGAAAUCGUAACGAUUUCAAAGAUAGCUGUCAAAAACAUGACUCGUCUAAUAUGAACGUAACGCAACGAAUGAAGAAAAUAGUGCUCAGUAUCGGAGAAAGUGAGAAUAAAGUUACAAAUUUUUACAUGUUGCAGAGCAUGAUGCUCUUUGCGAACGCGUAAAACGUUUCACACGAGUAUUUUACAGAGAACCGUAUAACCUUUUGACACAUCAUGGCAAAUCCAGGCGACUGUAUCACAUGCGGCGGUUUCUCGUUUUAUAAUAAUUUUGAUUCAGCAAACUUAGCAAAGGUUGAACUAGUAAAAGUGCCAGAAACUAUUGAAAAGGAUGGAUGUGAAACAGAAAAUAAAUCAUCAAGCAGAAGCUCAACUUCAGAGGAUGCCACAGACUAUGAGUUCAAUUUGUGGACAAAGCAUGAUUGUCAUGGAACACAGUUUCAAAAUAAUAACAGAACAUGGUUUUACUUUGGUGUUAAGUCUAACACUUCAGGAACUUCUGUUAAAUUCAAUAUAGUUAACUUAAACAAACAAGUUAAAAUGUUCAGUCAAGGAAUGUGUCCAGUUUUUAAAGUUGUACCUGGUCAUCUGCAUUGGGAGAGGAUCCGUGACAAACCUACUUACAAUUUGGAUCAAAAAGGAAAUGACUUUACAUUGUCAUUUGUUUAUCUUAUACCUGAAAAUCCAAAAGCUAUAACAUAUUUUGCAUUCACUUAUCCUUUUUCUUACACUGAUUUGCAAAAUUAUUUAAGAAGAGUCGAAACAAGGAUAGCAAAGAGAAAUAUAACAUCUACAGAUGAUGUUUAUUAUCAUAGAGAAUGUGCAAUAAAGUCUUUAGAAGGAAGAAGAAUGGAUCUAAUAACAAUAAGUUCAUUUCAUAACAUAUCAACGGAGAGAGAAGAUAGACUGAAUAAUAUGUUUCCUGAGAAAAAUGAGGAACGACCUUUUAAAUUUUGGGAUAAAAAAGUAAUUUUUAUUAGUGCAAGGGUCCAUCCAGGAGAAACACCAUCUAGUUUUGUUUUUAAUGGCUUUCUUAAUUUUCUUGUAAAUCGUGAGGAUCACAUUGCUAUUAAUCUUCGUCGCCUUUACGUGUUCAAAUUGAUACCAAUGCUCAAUCCUGAUGGUGUAGUCAGAGGACAUUAUCGAAUGGAUACUCGAGGAAUAAAUCUCAAUAGAGUUUAUCUCAAUCCUUCUUUAAAAGACCAUCCAACGAUAUAUGCUGCAAGAAAUUUGAUAAGGUAUUAUCAUCAUACGUACCAGUUACCAAAAGAGGAUGAGAUGUCAAACAUGUGUAUAGGAAACGGCGAAAAUACAUUAACUAUUAUUGAUUCUUCUUGCGCAAUUGCAAAUAUAGUACGCGAUACAACGACAAGAUUACUUCAGCAGGAAUGUACAUCGUCAAAAACGAAUUCGGAUGACAUGCCUCAGGGUGGUGGAGAAGGCCUAUGUAAUAAAGCAGAAGAAAGUAAUAAUUCUGUAGAACUUAAAUCUGAUAAAAAAACUUACACAGCUGUUGGCAUAGGACAAUUAUCUAAAGAAGACUCUGGAUUAUACCUAUACAUUGAUCUUCAUGGUCAUGCUUCGAAAAAGGGUGUCUUCAUGUAUGGCAAUUACUUUGACAAUGUAGAGGACACAAUAAUGUGUAUGCUUUUGCCAAAAUUAAUGUCCAUUAACAAUCCAAAUUUUCAUUUUACUUCGUGCAAUUUUACAGAAAGAAAUAUGUAUAUUAUAGAUAAAAGAGAUGGUAUGUCAAGGGAAGGAUCAGGUCGAGUAGCUGUAUACAAACUCACUGGACUUAUACGUAGUUACACGCUCGAAUGUAACUACAAUUCUGGACGUUUAGUAAAUUCGUUACCUGCGAGAGUUCGUGAUGGUGUAAACAAAAAUAUGACUCAUAUAUUUGUUCCGCCAAAGUAUACUCCAGCAGUUUUCGAAGCGGUUGGAGCAGCAUUAGGUCCUUCAAUUCUUGACUUGACAAAUAAUAAUCCUAACAGCCGACUGCCAAAUAGCCAAUAUCGCUCUUUAAGGGGCGUAAAGUCUUAUUUAAAAUUAGCAUACGUGAACAAUCUUUCCUCACCAAACGACAAAUCUCCGCAUAAGGAUGAUAAUAAUAUUAUACCCUCAGAAUCUUAUAAUUUAAAAGAAAUUGAAUCUCAAAUAAGUAACUCUUCCAUUGGGUUAAAGAACUCAAUAAAGAGCGAAACGAGCUUCGUAAAAAAACCAUGCAUCAUUCGUCGUACUACGUCUCUUUAUACCGCAGUAAAAAGAAUAAAGAACAAUAAAAAAGUUCGACAAACUGUAACCCGUAGACCGUUAAAAAAUCAAUGCAUCAAUAAUAUCGAGAGCAGCUCGAAAAUGCCUGUGAUCGGACCAAAAAAUAUCGUAAAGUCAUUUUUAAAAACUUCAGAAAAUCGUUUGAAAAACUCUUGUUUUGGAUGUAUCAACGAUUCUUCGGAAGUAAAAGAUAUUCAAUAUGCGAAUAAAAAAUUAACAACGGCAAACAAAUUCUUCAAGAUGAACACAUUGUCUUCCGAGGAAACAGCAAUCGUAAAACAUGGAGCAAAAAGAAUGAAAAUUGUUUCUAUGAGAGUGAAUAAAGGGAGACCGGAAGUUGGUGAGCCAUCUAACAACGUUCCAGAAGUGACAAAAUCGCCCUCGAAAACAUUGCUUUUGCCAAACAAGCAAAACAUAAGAGGAACCGCAAAAGCAAUGAAGAAAUAUUGUCAUAAAAUGGAACAGAACAAAUCCAAGUCUUCCAAACAGAAGAAAUCAAUAGAAAUAGUAUAAUAAUCGAGAACUCAUCGAAUAACGAAAGUGCAAACAAAAUUCUAAAUUAG